GACCCCCACUCUUUGGUUCCGGCAGCGCCGCCUCCUCCUCCUCCACCACCUCCUCCACCACCACCUUCAACAACCGGCCACCUCUUUCUCUUCUUCUGCUUCUGCUGCUGCUACUUUCGCGACACGACCGUAAUGGCGAGCUACCUGAUGAAAGCGCUGACCGGCGCCGGGCGCGCUGCCGCCGCCGGCAGGAGCCAACUCCUCGUCGCGCCCGCGGCGUCCGGCAACACGACUCAGCGGCGUGGAUAUGCCAACAAGCGCAUCAAGGUGGCCAACCCCGUGGUGGAGAUGGACGGUGAUGAGAUGACCCGGAUCAUCUGGGAGAUGAUCAAGGAGAAGCUGGUUUUGCCCUACGUGGACGUUGACCUCAAGUACUACGACCUGGGCCUCCCGUACCGCGACCAGACCAACGACCAGGUGACCAUCGACUCGGCACUCGCCACGCUCAAGUACAGCGUCGCAGUCAAGUGCGCCACCAUCACUCCCGACGAGCAGCGCGUGGAGGAGUUCAAGCUUAAGAAGAUGUGGAAGUCUCCCAACGGCACCAUCAGGAACAUCCUGGGCGGCACCGUGUUCCGCGAGCCCAUCAUCUGCAAGAACAUCCCGCGCCUCGUGCCGGGAUGGACCCAGGCCAUCACCAUCGGGCGCCAUGCCUUCGGCGACCAGUACCGUGCGACCGACUUUGUGGUGGACAAGCCCGGGGUCUUCAAGAUGGUCUUCACCCCCAAGGACAAGAGCACCCCCAAGGAGUGGGAAGUCUUCGACUUCCCUGCCGGCGGCGUCGGCAUGGGCAUGUACAACACCGACGAGUCCAUCUCGGGCUUUGCCCACAGCUGCUUCCAGUACGCCAUCGGCAAGAAGUGGGCCCUCUACCUCAGCACCAAGAACACCAUCCUCAAGGCCUACGACGGCCGCUUCAAGGACAUCUUCCAGGAGAUCUUUGAAAAGAGCUACAAGCCGCAGUUCGACAAGGCGGGCAUCUGGUACGAGCACCGCCUGAUCGACGACAUGGUGGCGCAGGUGCUCAAGUCGACGGGCGGCUUCGUGUGGGCCUGCAAGAACUACGACGGCGACGUGCAGUCCGACAUCCUGGCGCAGGGCUUCGGCUCGCUGGGGCUCAUGACGUCGGUGCUCGUUUGCCCGGACGGCAAAACCAUCGAGGCGGAGGCGGCGCACGGCACGGUGACGCGCCACUACCGCGAGCACCAGAAGGGUAACCCGACGAGCACCAACCCCAUCGCCAGCAUCUUCGCGUGGACCCGCGGCUUCGAGCACCGCGGCAAGUUGGACGGCAACGCCGACCUCAUCAAGUUCUCCCAGACGCUGGAGCGCGUGUGCGUGGAGACGGUGGAGAGCGGCAUCAUGACCAAGGACCUCGCCGGCUGUAUCCAUGGAGGGAUGUCCAACGUGAAGCUCAAUGAGCACUACGUCAUCACCACCGACUUCCUGGAAGCCAUCCACAAGAACCUGGAGAAGGCUCUGGGCAAGAACUAGGCCCCGCGGGCACCUCCAGUGCACCGCCUCGCCCCCCACCCCCUCCUCCUCCUUCGCGUCUCAAACAUUUCAGGGUUUAACUACGGCCCUGGUGGGGGGGUGUGGGCGCACGAGGUCUCCGGCGCUGACCCAACAACAAAAACCCGGUGCGGAGUACUGCCUGCGCCCCCCCACCCCCGACCCCCUCAGGGCUGUUACUGCAUUUGGGAGUCGAGCGAACAAUCGAGAAACCGGGUGAGAGAAGGGAAAGAAAAAACCAAAAGGCCGAUCCCGCAGCACGCAUUUUAAAUGUUUUUAGUAUUUAUACUCCGCUUGCCUUUCCUGCUGUCCCGGGAUGCUCGGGAACCAGGUGACCCCCCCCCCCCCCCCAUUUUUUUAGGGUGUAAAAACGUCGCGUCCAGAAGAGGGGGGUGUCGUCCCCUUUCCCGCGUCCCAGAACAGUUCCGCAAGUGUCAUAACGCGUUGCCGGUGCGGGGUGGUGGGGGGGGAGGGGCGCUGAUGCGGACCCUCCGGCACGUGGCAUCCUCCCACAAUGCACCUGUCCCGUGCACAGCUGAUUAGCUUACGAGCUAUCCCUCCUCCGCCUCCGGCCCCCCGCCGCUCGCUGGUUUUAACGCCGGCACGUCGCUCGACUACCACGGAUCGCCUCCCGUAGUGGUUUUUUCUUUCUCUUCCUCCCCCCGCCCCCCCCCCAUUCUUGCCUUGCCCGGUUCAUCUCCACGGUCUUUAUGAACGCCGUGGCGAUUUUUUGUGUUGCACGUGUGCCUCUCGUGAUCCAACCCGGUGCCAAACUCGACUCUUCCAAUAAACCAUUUCGGGAAAACCCACUCCUCUC